AUGGCCCGACAUAUCACCGGACUUGAUACCCCUGGAUACGACCCCAGGACUGAGUCGAGCCUAGUCCUCACAACUCAAAUCAAAACACCGGCUGCGCGCUGCGAGUCCAGCCCUUUUUCUCCCCGCGCGCCGCAGCCCUCAUCUAGGGCCUGCACCCGUACCGCCCCCGCAGGGCGCGAACCAACACACAACCCGAAGGGGGCAAACGGUCCUAAAGACCCCAUCGCGGGGGAGGGUGUAGCAGAAGCAAAGUACCGCCUUCUGGAUAAAAUAAAGUAA